GCUUUCUUGCUCGUGCCAAAAGAGAAACACUUCUCUUCAUAACGUUUGAUUUAAUCAAGUGAAUCAUACUUCUUGUCUUUUUGCAUUGCUUUUUGGAUUCUUUUCAAGUUUAGACAACGUUUCUAAUUCUAUAUUUACUUUACAUCAACAUAUCUUUUCAAUGAAAUGUCUAAACGAUCACACAAUUUCUAACAAGGUAUAUCUGAAAUAAAAGUUUGUAUUUGUAUUCUCGGAAAUGUCGAAUGCGAGGGAUCAAACGUUUCAAUGCGAACGCAUCUCUAAUGAUUUAAGUAACGAUCUGCAACGCCCUCGACUACGCAGAGACAGCAUAUGGUGAAAUUCUAGCCGAUCUUUUUUCAACAGUUCAAAUACCUCUACAGAUGUGUUUCUCUCUCUUUCGCCCUUUUCUUUUCUCUUUCUCUCUCUCUCUCUCUCUCUCUUUUUUUUUCUCUCUCGCUCUCUUUUCUUUCUCUCUCUUUCUCUGUGGCCAUGAUAGACUUUGUGUAUAUAACGAGUUUCUCUUGCAUACGGUUCUUUUGCUAUAAAUAGAGGGCUACUACUAUUUUACUUCUUGCACUCCGAGAGAGAAUCUUUUUUUUUAAACACCCUUUCUUUUCUCGAAGGACAGUCAAAAGAAUGCUUCCUUUUCUUCUUUACGCAUGAUAUUUUCAAACCGUGGUCUUUUGUCAUCUUCGUGACAAGAAAAUCUCACAGAUUAAUUGAAGCGUUGAGUAUUUUGAAAAGAUAACUAAAUCAUACGGAAAUUGAGAAAUAAAUCAAAAAGAAUUAUCGUCGAUAAAUUUACGUUUGAGACCAAUUAAACAAACAUUUCAUAUAAUUCUUGUAAAAUUCAUUAAUAUCGUAAAAAUCAAUGAUAAAUUCAUUCAUCAUUUGUCUAAUCUCGUAUAUAUGUAAAAAAUUAUACACAACAUGAUUAUUAAGUACGAUAAAAAAGCCAAUUUUUGAAAUUCUCGUAUCAUGUUUCGUGGAUGCAUAACUACGUAAAAUUUUGCAACGAUUCGCGAAAUUUGGCUCUCGACUUCUUCUCCGGCAUUUUACUUGAUGCUAAAAUUAUCUCACGCCCUCGGCACUGUCGACGCGAAUAAUUAUAUUGUAAUUUUUUGUCUUUUUUUCUUUCUUUUCUCGAUAGGACAAGUUCGCUACUGUAUUGUAAAAUGAAUCGCGAAAGAAUUGAAUUGAACUAUGUUUAAUCGAUUAGAUUAAUAUUUUUAGCACGUACUCUCGCCAAAAGCGUAUAUCAUAUAUUCAAAAUACAAUACAUCAUGCUGAAUACAAAAAAAAGGCCAAGGUUCGUUCCAUAUACGAUCGUUCAAAAACGUAUUUAAUUUGUAAUUAAUGGCAAAGUCGACCGCUAGUACAUUAUCGCAGUACGGGACAAUUGAAUUGUGAGUGUACUUCUGUUACUGCAGAGCGUAACAUCUGAUACUUUGUCAUAUUAUGCAAAUUAUUGGUUUCUUAUUUAAAUUAUAUGACAUUAAUAUAGAACUAUUAUAUCUCAAAAUAUAGUACAUUCACGUAGAAUUCUUAAUUCAAAGAGAAUUUUGUCAAAUGAUCAUAGUCACUUUUAGUACAUAGAGAACAUUCAACGUUGAAUAACUAUAGUCCUUUAGUAAGGAAAGGGAUAAUAAUAAUAUAUUUACGAUGAGAUUAGUCAAUAAACGAGUCUAUGAAUAAGACGAAGUUGUGAAUUCAAUGAGUUUUAUCAAUACUCGUCAAUCAUUGACUCGUUUUUUUAUCUUAUUCGUAAACAUUUUAUUAACUAACUACUUCGUAGAUUCACUAAUUUUUUUAACUAUUUUACUGCAAUAUAGAAUCAUUGAUAAACUACUCCAUAGACUUCCUUAUUGAUCAUAGUUUCUACUAUUAAAAAAUUACAUACAUUACAUACAUAGAGAAAGCAGUUUAUCAUACAUAUACACAUCGUACGAAAUACGUAUGUAUAUGGGUAUACAUGUGUACAACAUGCGUGUAAGUUUACAUAAACGUAUAGUGAAAUUGAAUAAGUUAAGAAAAAGUUUUUAAAAAUACAAAAAUAACAAAUUUACAAAUUAAUAAAAAAAUUAAAUUAACGAAAUAACAAUAAUAACAAAAAUAUAUGAACAAUACUAAACAUGAUCAUUAGUAAGAAUAUCAAUAAAUGAAUAUUUGUACUUGUUUUUAAUAGUAUUCGAUCACAAACAAUCAAUUCAUUCCUUUUUAAGCAAGAACAAGGAAAAAUCGCAAAGACAUAACGAUAAAAUAAACUAAUAAUAAAUAACGUUUAAAUAUUGUCGAAAACAAAUGAAUCAGCAUUUGUUUGUUUGACAUCGAAGAGACAGCAAGAUAGUAAAUUUGUUUUAAAAAUUCUUGCAAGUAUACAUAACAAAAUACAUAACAAAAAUUGAUGAGGAAUUUAUUAUUUUUCAUAAAUUAAUAGAUUACUCCGAGUGCGAUCUAAUAUGUAAGUGAAAGAGAGAGAGAAAGAGAGAGAGAGAGAGAGAAAGAGAGAGAGAGAGGAGUAAAAGAGAGAGAAAGGGAGACGGAAAGAAAGAAAUAAAAAUAUAAAAGAAGAAUGAUGACAUUAAAAUUAAGAAACGAAUGUAUAUACAUACAAUUUAUACGUAUAACGCUUCAUCAUUGGAUCAAGAAUUAAAGCUUCGAUCGAGCGAAACCACUCGGGUCUUUAAAGCCGAGACAUACAUACAUAUAUGCAUUCGAUUAUAUCCGACUUCCAUUUGCCCACCCUUUACAUUCAAUCCUACAGUGCACAUGCGCCGCAUGAGCGAUCAUGCUCCAUAGGCGCAGUUAAAAUGAAUUUCUAACAGUAGUGUAAGUGACAGGCAACUCGUCACCAUAUGGUCGAAGAAAUGGGUGUUUUCGGUUAGCAUUUAUCGUGUGUAAAUACUAGACGCAAAACCAAUUCGCCGCGGCCACGGCGAUGAAAUGGAUAACAAUUUCUUCAGGUGCAGGCAAAGGAGCUGCAGUCAUGGAAGAUCCGCAAACACCAGGAUCGGAUUGCAAUUCCAAUCCUGCAACAGAUUCUAUGCAGCAAGAUCUUAUUGGUUCAGACUUUAUACAAGACAAUGUGGAAUAUCAGUGGUGUACAGAUUAUGGAUACAAAGAUGGAGGAUUACAUGUCCAUCCUAGUGUUCUGUCUUCACUCUCUGCAUCAUAUUCCCGGGAAGAUGUGGGUUAUUAUGAUGACCUGUCUCGUAAUUUGGAUGCUAAUUUAGCAGAAAUUGAUAUGGAAAGUUUUCGUAGUGCAGACAUCCACACUCUUCUUACUGCUUUACCAGUUAUGUGUACUGAUCCAGUUCAACAUUCAGAGUUUAACUAUCAAAGGGAACGUUAUGCCAGUAUAUCUGGCUCCGUCAUGGAAAAACUUGACAUCGGUUCUUCAAUCAGCCCACACACCAGCAGCCAGGGAGAAGAAUCUGCUUGUUCAACAACUGAUACAAUGUCUAUAUGCAAAUCAUCAUUAUUAUUCUCUCCUGUGAAAGAAACACCUGUGCUACCGCCAGCAGGUAGUUACAGUGUAGAUUCAUUGGACUGUGAAGAUAUGCUGUUAACUUGUCAAGCAAAUAAUAAAAAUAAUUAUACUAUUGCUUUUGAAGGUAGUAUUACAAUGUACUCUGAUAGUUCUCCAGAUUUCGAAAAUCAAGAAAAACCAGAAACAUACGAAGUACCAGAAACUUACUACAAAAAAAAGGGGUUACGAAGAACUAUAUUAGAUUCGUCAAUGGUGUGUUCUGAUUCUAAAAUAUAUACUACUUGGAGUAAUUUAAAACAUUCUUCCAUGAAUAAGGUUAUAACUCGACAUCCUUCGGGCAAUAACAAUACCAUUCCAAAUUUUUUACAUGGGACAGGAAAUACAACUAUAUCUAUAAAUAAAAGAAGUCAAAGCUUACCAGAUCUUACACGAAUUCAAGAAUCACCUACUAAUAUUCAUCUCAAUUUUUCUGUUGAUUCUGCUGAAUCAAAUAACCACCCAUUACCAUCACACAAUUCAGGCUCUGCAAUGAGUCGAUCUGUAAAUGAAGAAAAUUCCGAUGGUAGUGGAAAUAUUUCUUCUGGGAAAAAGUUACAAAAUCUAAGCCUAGUAAAAUUGUUUAUGAAACAAAAGAGUAUGAGCGCUGAAGGAAUGAGUCUUACUUUGGAUCAAUCUGAUUCCAUCAGUGAUAGUGGUUGGCCUACAAGCAAUAGUGCUAGUGAUAGUGGAACUAAUACAAAUACACAAAUACAGCGACAAAAUAUAAAUACAUGUACUCGUCCACUUCCUGAAAAAGAUUUUUCUAUAAAUUGGGUUCGUAGUGAUUGUUAUAAUAAUAAAGAAGUAGAAAGUCAAAAAGAUAAGUUGGCUGACAUUCCAAAUACUUUUACAAGCAAUAAGGAAAAUAAAGAUGACAUGAUUUCAUCUGCCUCGGUCGAAGAAUUGUCGGAAAGCAUAACUAAAUCAGAACUCGUACAUGACAGUGAUAUCGAACAAAUAGAUUUCGAAAUUUCACAGGAUGACUUGGAAUGCCGUUCAAAACAUUUACGGAUUUUUCAGGAAAAUAAAUCUGUAAUAUCUAAAACAACAGGAAUUCAAGCAAUGGUCGAAACAGAAGAUAACGAAGUGCAAACGUCACUAAUUUACAAAGUACCUGCAGAAAGAGAUAGCCCUUCUAUACGGGAAACGAUAGUUAAUAAAAGGCCUGUUUAUGUUGUAUAUCCUAAUUAUACGUUACCAGAUCUUUCAUUUCUUAAUAUUAAAGAUACGAAAUUAGACAAUGUAGCAUUAAAGCCUCAAUGUUAUGAUAAAAGUAAGCCAGGAUGGAAACAUUCAAAUAGAUGCAACAGACCGUUCUCUUGUAACGAUAUCGAUGCGCUUAAACAACGUGGAUUUUCACACGUUAAGGAUUGGGAGUCGCUAACAUUCCUUUUACCUACUGAAUAUAAAAAAAUAUUACAUGAUGUGCCAGAAGUUUCAGAGCAUAUCAAUAUCAAUGAACAAACUAAAAAACCAUUGUUUUGUUUAUCUCCCCCAAUGCGACAUAAAACAAGACCAAUAAGUGAACUUAUACCAAAUAAUACUUCCUCAACUAGUAGUACUGCUACGCAGCCAUCUUCUGGAUAUCGAGGCUCAUCUACGAUCUUGACGGAUUCCUCUACAAAUCAGCAGCUACUUCCUAAUAAUGUAGCUAAUCCAUUAUACCUGUAUCGCUAUGAUAGCAUUAGUUCUGAAGCAAGUUUAGUGAGCAACGAUAAGAAAAUUCAUAGAACUGUUAAUCAAGCAAAGCAAACCUAUCCUAAUUUACCUAAACGGUCCAUUUCAUUACCUUAUGGAGAUAGAGAAUCUGAUUGCUGCAAUGGCAAAGUGCCACCAAGACCUCCUUUACCAAGAAGUAUCUUAAGAAAGAAUAAAGUUCCCACAAGUAAGAGAUACAGUAUGUUUGAAAUGGGAGGAGUGGAAGAAGUAGAAGAUCAAUGUUCUGAACCAAAUAAAAGAAUGUCGUUACAAGAACCAUAUUAUAUGAAUAAUGAUUUACAACUAUUAUGCCGCGGGAGAAUUAUCGAUUCAGAAAAAGAUGUUGACGAAACAGAAGAAAAAUGUAAUACAGCUACUAAUUUUAUUUUAGAGAGACUGAAUGAAGUUGUUAAUAAUACGAACGUAGAUUAUGAAACUUCUCAAAAUAGUGAAGAUGAUAUAAAGCAAUUAGAAGAAUUUUUAAAACGUAGUGGUUUAUCGUCAGAAAGUAGCGAAGGAGAUAAUGAAGAUCCCGAAGUUAAAUUAAGAUCGUACGUGAGAAAAUUUUUAGCACUUAGAAUGAAUAAAGAUGUAGUCAAAAACAUUGAUAUGGCUGAAUCACAAAAAAAGACUGUCAGUUUCGCUUUACACGAAAAAAAACGAUAUUCAGAUGAAAAGCCAAAUAAUGCAAAUGUUCCGACGAAUGAGCACAAUAAAGAUAGAUGUUUUCAGGAUCUAAACAAAGAAAUCAAUCCUGAGAACAAAGUGGAUUUAGAAGAAAAACGAAAUAUGAUAUCAUCCACAAGCAAAGCUGUUGACUUACUACUCAAAUAUUGGAAUGCUGAACCUACUAAUGGUCGGCAAAAUUAUAAUGAUAAAAAUGAAUGUGCACAACUUUGUUUGAGUAAUCUCUGCCCAACUUUGUAUGCUAUAAUGUCAGAUGGUCUAAAAUCACAUUUGCAGUCUACUUUUGGUCCAAUAGCAAACAGUGUAUGGCAAGUUGUUGAGGCUUCUGCUCAGCAAGGGCCACUUACAAAGACAUUGAACGAGUUAGUUCAAAAGAUUAAUGGCGAAGAUAUUAUUACUGAGGGAAUGCUUAAAUUUCAUGCAUUUGUAUUUGGUCUGUUGAAUUUGCGAGCUUUGGAUGCUUGGUUUGCAUAUUUAUGUACAAGAGAAUCGAUUUUACGAAAACAUUAUAAUAGUAAUAGUUUAUUUACCGGAGCAUUAGCAAGUACCGACGUUCGAGAAGUUGUUGAUAAUUUAUUAGAUAUUUUACAUCCUCUAGCAUUUUGCCCAUUUCAGCUUGAUCUUUUAUACCAAUAUCGACAAUUACAUAAUAGUUUCGGUAAUAUGAACAAUUAUAAUAUAGAUGGACUAAAUUUUAGAAAUGUUGAUUUACUUCAAAAAGAUCAUCAUUUUGAAAAAGCAGAUAAUUGUGGAACUGUAUUAAGUCCAAGAAAAAUACGUCCACGGUCUUGCGUUAAUGUUUAUAAUGAUUAUGACGAUAAGUCUAUCAUUGCACAUAAAACUGAUCUUGAAAAUGUUGUAAAGAAACGUUUUAACAACACUGUCGGGACAAAAGUAUUGCAUGGUUUAGAAAAAUUAGCUUCCGAAGAUUCCGAAGAUUAUACUGAUAGCCUUGAACAUUCUCCAUUGAAUAGAGGGGCAACAAAACAAAUGAUUCCUAUUAAAUCAUUAAGUCCAGAUUCUAAAAUGGACGAUGAAGAUACGAUUACCGGAGAAACUAAAUUUAGGAAACUGCAAGAAAAAUGGGAAUUAAUGAUUGGGAAAGAAGAAACUGGAAAAAACCAACCGGGAACGGCAUUACCCUUAUCGCCUAUGCGAACACCUGCGAAUUUGGGAAAAUCAAAAAUACCACGACUUUUAACAUCACCUAUUAAACAACCAAAUGUAGCAAUAGGAUCUGUAAAAACUGUUAAGUCUCCUAUCUCUGGAAUACCUUCUUUGAAAAAGCCGGUUACAUUAUCAACUACCAAAACAGUAUUAAUGAAACCAAUAGAAACAAGGGGGAAAAGUGUACAAGAAACACGACGUACGAGUCGUGUAGAUCAAGACAUAGUCGGAACAUCGCGAGCUCAUUUGUCACGACCUAGCUCUUUACCUUAUAAAUCCUAUGGAGUUAUGUCGAAAGAGAAAAAUCUCCUAUCUCCUCAAAGACGAGCUGCUUCCACAUCUUUACCAAGGCCAAAUACAGUUACACGUAAUCCUCCGAGGAAACAACCGCUAAAAUUAGUAAAAUAACGCUACGUCCAUCUCGAUUCCAGAGAGGUUCGCACAGUUACAAAUAGGGUACCAUCGAAUAAUGGGCAUCUGUCAUUCGCAGAAGGUGAAAGAUUGAAAGUUAUAUUAGAAAUUGAUAAUAAAUGGUUAUUGUGUGCAAGAGGUGAUAGAAAAGGUUUGGUUCCGAGAAUGUGUGUGCAUACUAUUCAGACUUAGCCCUUCUAUUGAUAUUAAUGAGAUUCUUGAGUAAAUUGAUUAAGAAGUGAAAGUGAUGUGCUUUGAAUGAAUGUAAAAGAAGAUUAAUUAAAUGGUGUCGUAUGUACAGUGUAUUAAAGAAAAGGCAUAGUAUAUGAUUUUGAAAUUAUAAUUUAGUGAUAUUGCUUGCGAAGUCACUGUUUAAAGCUUCGUUUGCAUAGACUCGUGAUAGUAUUACCACUCAUAAUGCCAUUGACAAACCAGCCCGACUGCUUUUUAUUUCUGGUCCGGCCAGCGCAGCGACUUCUGGACGCCUGUGAAAAAGCUUCGCAUUUUCACAAUAUUGACGACCGGCAACUUUUUACGUUCGUCUCCCCAUUUUCGAUCUGAACCCCGCUGGGGCUCGCACACCCCCAAAUCUCCGUUAGUUUUAUCAUCAUGCUAAUUAUUAUGCAUUACCAUUACAUAUUAUUAAUUUUGCAUAAUAGCUACACUUGUUUUACUUUCGCUUUUAUGCAUUAGGCACGACCGCUACUAUAUACAAUAUUUUAAUGUUAAAAUACAAUUAAAUUAAUGAUUGAAAAUUAUUUUAAGAAUUGAACAAUUUAUUUGAAAUUUUAAGCAGAAUUUUACAUUAUAAUAGAUAAAAUAUAGAAUUCUAAUUCUAUCAAAAAUUUUUCUUUGUGAUGACUAUAAAGACACUCUGAUGGUGAUAGUGGUCGUGACUAAAAAAUAUUAGAGGUUCUGCUAGUCAUAAGCUUUUAAAACCUCAUUAUAUUUAAAUGAACAUAUACCUAUUUAUAACUAAAAUGUACAUAUAUACAGUAAUAUGAUGAUAAAGACACAACGGUCAUAUAUAAUAUAAUAACUUAUAAUAUUAUGAAUGUAACUGUGAUCAUAGCAAAUAGGUGCAUAAGUUGAUUGAUGCGAAUGUGCGAAAAAAUUUCGUUUGAUUUUUUAUGUAAUUUUAAUAUUUCAAUCACGUCCAAUUUUCAUAAAACAUCAAUAUAUCGGUUUUAUUUAGCAUAUAAAUUAUUACCAUGUCGUGCGCUUAUGAAUCGCAAUAAUCACAUUUUUUUACUUGCUUCAUGUAUUUCUUAGUAUGUGACAGCAUACAGUGUAUUCAAAUAAAAUCUAUUAUAAUGACAUAUA